CUAGAGUAAUUUCAAUCACUGCUACUAGAAACUAGAAAGAAACAUGGCGUCAGGGUACGAUGGACACUACAUGAAAAGGCAAAAGACAGAAGAUGGCGUGCGUGGUUAUGAGGAAUCGUAUGAAAGGCAAGAUCAGAGAACGGAUGAACGAAAUCGUCAAGACAGACACAGCCCUGAUGUGUCCCCAGUUGUACAUGUUCGAGGCCUGCCAGAUCGGGUUAUAGAAGACGAUAUUGUUGCUGCAGUUCAGCACUUUGGAUCUGUUGCUUAUGUCAUUCUAAUUCCAAGAAGGAACCAGGCACUUGUUGAAUUUACAGAUGUGAAGGGGUCAUCAGCUUGUGUUAACUUUGCUAAUGCCAAUCAGCUGUUGAUUAGAGGGCAACCAGCAUACUUCAACUAUUCUACCAGUCAGAGAAUCCAGAGACCAAGUGAUGUGGAGGUUGGAGGACAACCAUUUGCCCCAGCUAACAAGAUCCUUCUGUUCACAGUCCUGAAUGCUAAAUAUCCAAUAACUGUGGAUGUAAUGCAUACAAUCUGCUCCCCACAUGGCCGUGUUGAGAAAAUCGUCAUCUUCAAGAAACAGGCUGUCCAGUCCAUGGUCCAAUUUGAGAAUGCUGAAUCUGCAAAGAAUGCUAGAGAACAGCUAAAUGAUUGUGACAUUUACUCUGGUUGCUGCACCCUAAGGAUUGAAUAUGCCAAGACGGAUGAACUCCAUGUUAGAGCCAAUAACAAUGAGAGCUGGGACUACACCAUCCCUCAGCAGGCUCCAACCCGCAAAAAUCCACCACUUCUGGCAGAUCCCAGAUACACUGCUGCUCCAACACCUUACGACGACUCUACAUACAAUGGUGCCAAACCUUAUUAUGAAGAGUUUGAGGAGUACCCGCAGCAAGGUCAGGUUGCACAAGGUCGACCAGGAUAUGGAGGACAGUAUGGAGAGGGGGAUGGGGGAUAUGAUCAGGGCUUCCCUCAACAAGCAGGAAGGGGUAUGGGUAGAGGCAUGGCAGCUGGACAGAGAAUGGCACCACAGCAGUAUGGACAGGAGGCCCAGGUAGGCUUUGGACGUGGUGCUCCAGCGAGAGGACCACCAUUGAGACAGGAGCCAACAGGGUAUGGCAUGCAGCAGCAAGGUGGUUACUCCGACCAGUCACAGAUGAUGCAGGGAUCUGGGCCCCAGUCAGGUUCCGUUCUGAUGAUCUAUGGACUUGAUGCACAACAGAUGAACUGUGACAGAGUGUUCAAUAUUCUCUGUUUGUACGGUAAUGUUAUCAGGAUAAAGUUUUUGAAGUCUAAGGAAGGAGCAGCUAUGGUACAGAUGGGAGAUGGUUUAGCUGUUGAGAGAGCUAUGUAUAACCUUAAUGGCGUGGAACUGUUUGGAAAGAAAUUGAAUCUCACGUUGUCAAAGCAGCCAUACCUGCAAGAAGUGAACAACCCACAUGAGUUAAGUGAUGGUUCAUCGUCCUACAAAGACUGUCAGGGCAACAGAAACAACAGAUUCUCUACACCCGAACAAGCUGGCAAAAAUCGUAUCACAGGUUCAACAGAAACAUUGCAUUAUUUCAAUGCUCCGCCCAAAAUUGGUGAAGAUGAUAUAAGACAGGUGUUUACUGACGUUGGUGCUGAAGAAUUCAUCAAAAUCUUGCAGUUCCCCAGUAAAACUGAAAGAAGUUCAACAGGGUUGUUGGAAUGGAGCACAAAGUCGGCAGCUUUGGAAGCCCUAGCUUUGGCUAAUCAUACAAUGGUACCAAAUCCAGCAGGUGGUAGACCGUACUCCCUGAAGCUGUGUUUCUCUCCAGGUAACAUCAGAGACAGUCAGUAAUGUGGUAACAUCAGAGAUACCCAAUAAUACAUAUAUACAUCAGCAAAGUUCACCAGUUCUGAAGGAUUUGAAAUUGACAUAUAGGAACUGUUUUAGUGUUGUCAAAAAUACAUACUACUGGACAUUGUGUUAGUGAAUAAAUAUUACUCGUUAUGAAAUCAGUUAUGCCUUUAUAUAUAAUGAAAUAAGGAAGUGUUUUGAAUAGACAAUAUAUUUCUUUCUGGAGAUGGAUUUGAAACAAUGUCUUUUAUUUCUGAUGCAUCUUAGUCCUAGAGCUUUUGACAGAUGCACCAAAGAAUUGAACUUUAUUGCGGCUUUAUUUUCUGUUUUACUUGAUUUUAUUACUUGGGAUUGAAGAUUGUUAGUCUGUUGUACCGUAAUAGAUUUUGAUAAAAGUAUCUUGAGAGGCAAAUUUUUUAAAAUAUUUUUUUUGAUAAUUGUGUGUUUAAGAAUAUUGUAUGCAUUUUUUAUUAAUAAAGCUCAGACUUUUAGUUUUGAUGUUUAACUACCAUUAAAGAUACGCAAUAUCAUUGAUAAUAUUUUGUGAAGGAACAAUUGUGGGCUUGAUUCAUACAACACCGGGCUAUCCUUAUUAUGUGAUUGGUACACCCAAAUGAGCUAUUUGGCUUAUCCGAUUCAACAUGACUGGCUGAAACAAGUACGAAUUGGGUGAAAUCGACUGCUGUUCUUUAUAUAUUGAUAAGUUUUUGUUAAAUGGUAAAAUCACUUAUAUUUAAUAGUUUGCGAAAAUAACUAAAUUGUAAAACAGACUAAAAAUUCAAAUCAGAACUUCAGUUUUGAAAAAUUUGGAGGAAGUUCUAAACAUCUGGUACGGUACUUGUUUGAAGAAUUGCAGAUUUACAUAAAGGAAUUGCAAUUUUAGAAAGUCACAAAUUAUUUUUGGAAUAAAAUGAAGAAUUAAGUUAUAAAAACUUUUGGAAUUCAUUUUCGGAAUACUAUAAAUAAAUUUAAUUUGUAUCAAUAAAUUGAAAUUCUGGAAUUGAAUUAACAGAACUAUUUUAUUUUUUUAUUUUUAAUAGAAGAAACCAUUGAUUAUUGUUAAAAACAUUUUUUUAGUUUGUUUAUUGACAAAGUAGAAAGUGACCACAAGGUUGGAGGUCACUGUUUUUUAAAGGUCACUGGUGAACAAGAAAAAAAAACAAAAAAAGAUUUAUCAGUUAAAAAUCAUUCAAAGUCACAAAUGUUUCAUACAUGUAUUCUGCUGCUUAAAAAUCAAAAUUGGUUUAAAUAUGUUGUAAUUUUAGAGUAGGGAAUGUCAUGUUGUGUAAAUAAAACUGGUGUUGUUUACCAUUUGUGAAAGCAUGGUAUUGACUAUUGUGUAUAUUUGAAAAAAAAAAGAAGAAAAUUUAGGAUAAUUACAGUGCGGACAAAUCAUGGUGUGAUAAAAUAAUAAUGAACAAAAGUGUAAACUAGGUUAUGUUUACGUUAGCUUAGAAUUUGAUAACUUUUUUUUUUCAUAUUCUUGAGUCACAAAAAAUAUCACUAAUUCAUCACCAUGUCGUGCAUUUUCUGUGUUUCAGUGCAUUGUUAACAAAAUUUUUACUUUCCUGUUGUCGUCAUCAAAAUCAUGUAUCAUCUUUUGUGUUGUUUCUUUCUGUAGUAUCAUGAAAUCUUAUUAAUAAUAAUUGUUUUACUAUUCACAUUAGAAAUUGUAACAUUUCAUUGUGCAACCAUGGACAAAUUUCGGAAAAUAAAAAAAAUUCCUUUAAA